GGCGAAUUUGCAGGGACGAACGCAAGCAGCAGCAACAUGGCCGACGACAAGAAGUACCAGGACGACGAGCUCCUCGACUACGGCGAGGACGACGAGGUCACGACGACGGCCGAGAAGGCCGCGCCCACGGAGACCAAGAAGGGCCACUACGUCGGUAUUCACAGCGCUGGCUUCAAAGACUUCCUCCUCAAGCCCGAGUGCUUGCGCGCGGUCGUGGACUGUGGCUUUGAGCACCCGUCGGAAGUGCAGCACGAGUGCAUUCCCCAGGCCGUGCUCGGCAUGGACAUCAUUUGCCAGGCCAAGUCGGGUAUGGGCAAGACCGCCGUCUUUGUUCUCGCGACGCUGCACCAGCUCGAGCCCGUCGCCGAACAGAUCAGCGUCAUUGUGCUCUGCCACACGCGCGAACUUGCCUUUCAGAUUGCCCACGAGUACGAGCGCUUCAGCAAGUACUUGCCGGACGUCAAGACGGCCGUCUUCUACGGCGGUGUCCCGAUCGUCCAGAACCGCGAGACGCUCAAGAACACGCCCCCUCACAUCCUCGUCGGCACGCCAGGCCGCGUCCUUGGCCUGCUCAAGGAAAAGACCUUGAAGCUCGACAAGGUCAAGCACUUUGUCAUGGACGAGUGCGACAAGCUGCUCGACUCUGUUGACAUGCGCCGCGAUGUCCAGGACAUUUUCAAGGCGACGCCCCACGACAAGCAGGUCAUGCUCUUCUCGGCCACGCUGAGCAAGGAAGUGCGCCCCGUGUGCCGAAAGUUCUGCCAAGACCCCAUGGAGAUUUACGUGGAUGACGAGACGAAGCUCACGCUCCACGGUCUGCAGCAGUACUUCAUCAAGCUUCAGGAAGCGGAGAAGAACCGCAAGCUCAACGACUUGCUCGAUGCGCUCGAGUUCAACCAGGUUGUCAUCUUCGUCUCGAAGAAGAACCGCGCCCGCGAGCUCAACCGCCUCCUCAACGAGUGCAACUUCCCGGCCAUCUGCAUCACGUCGGACUUGGCCCAGGACGAGCGCAUCAAGCGCUACAAGAGCUUCAAGGAGUUCCAGAAGCGCAUCCUCGUCACGACCGACUUGUUUGGCCGUGGUAUGGAUAUCGAGCGCGUCAACAUCGUCAUCAACUACGACUUCCCCAACGACAGCGACCAAUACUUGCACCGCGUCGGUCGUGCCGGUCGCUUUGGCACGAAGGGUCUCUCGAUCUCGUUCAUCUCGUCGAACGAGGACUCGGACAUGCUGGCCAAGGUCCAGUCGCGCUUCGAAGUCAACAUCCCCGAGUUGCCGGACCAGAUUGACAUCUCGACCUACAUGAGUACAUAGGCAUCCAAGAGCUCGCUUGCGGCCGCGCUUAAUUUGAUAAUACCAGCUUGACCCGACCGCCACUCGACCCUCCUUAUUUUGAACCAAUAUAAAUAUUCCUC